CAGCCGGGGCGCGUUGACGUUUCGCUUUUGUUCGAGUCCUCGGUGACUCUUAAACCAGUCGGAAAAAGGCUCUUCACUCCUCCCCUCCGUGUGAUUUCUGCGUUUCUCUAAAUUUCAGCUACUUUAAAACCGUCUCAGAAAGCUUUGGGCUCUGAUUCCUUCCCGCUGCUUUGGGGAAUGGAAGGACAGAGCUCUUCUGUGUGUCUGCAUCCUGGCAGCAGGUUGGAGCUUCAUGAGGAUUCCAUAUUUGGGAGUUGCUGUUUAACCAUGUUUGCAAGCCUGGAAUUACCUGAAGUCCUGUUGCACACCCCAAAAUACUGAAGUUGUGAAAUUUGUUUUGCUAUCUUUUAGAUCAACUGGAAUCCUUCUCAAGUCACGUGCAGCACAAUUCUUCCUGGAACCCCCUUCUGUUUGUCCUUGUGGAGGAACAGCUUGGACACUGCCAUGGCCACCAUUUUCAGCCUCACACACUUGGUCUCACAGAGCCCAACACUGGCUCACCAGCUUCACCUUGACGUCUGACAGGCUCCCAUUGUUGGAAACAAUGAUUUUGGAUGAUCUACCUAACUUAAAAGAUACAUAUGCCUCCUUGUACUCCUCAGCUAUGGAAGACUUAGAGGUGGAUUUUGAUUCAGGACUGGAGGAAGAUGAACUGAAACAGGAGGCUGCUCCUGGGGAUUCCACAAUCUUUGUAGCUUUUAAAGGAAAUAUAAGUGACAGAGACUUUGAGCAGAAGCUGGAUACCAUACUGGAGAAUGUGCCUGGCCUUUUACACAUGGAAUCCAACAAGUUAAAAGUGCAGAAGAUUGAGCCUUGGAACAGCGUUCGUGUCACCUUCAACAUCCCCCGGGAAGCAGCCGAGCGGCUGCGAAUCCUGGCUCAGAACAACAACCAACAGCUCCGAGACCUGGGCAUUCUCUCAGUUCAGAUUGAAGGGGAAGGUGCUAUCAACUUGGCUUUAGGCCAGAGCAGGAGCCAGGAUGUUCGGAUCAACGGGCCCCUGGGAGCGAGCACCGCCAUGCGCAUGGACACGGGAUUCCCCAUGCAGGGAGGGCAAGGUUUAAUAAGAAUGAGCAAUGCUGCAGCUGUCAUGAUGUCCCAGGGUGGAAAUGUGGCCUCCUCUAUGGUGGCAAGUGGUGCUAGUGCUGAGCUGCAGCCACGAACACCUCGGCCUUCCUCACAGCCAGAUGCAAUGGACCCACUCUUAUCUGGGCUAAAUAUACAGCAACAAAAUCAUCCAUCUGGAUCUUUAGCUCCCCAGCUCCAUUCAAUGCAGUCAGUUCCUGUAAACAGGCAGAUGAACUCAGCCAACUUCCAGCAGCUACAGCAGCAGCAGCAGUUGCAGAAUCGGCCUCCCCAGCCACAUCAGCAGCCACAGCAGGGUAUUCGACCUUCAUUCUCUUCACCAGCACAGGUUCCAGUUCCCCCUGGCUGGAACCAGCUUCCUUCUGGAGCACUUCAGCCUCCUCCAACCCAGGGAGCACUGGGUACAUUGACAGUAAACCAGGGUUGGAAAAAGGCCCCUUUGCCUGGACAAAUGCAGCAGCAGCUUCAAGCAAGACCAUCUCUAGCAACAGUACAAACUCCUACUCAUCCUCCACCUCCAUAUCCUUUUGGAAGCCAGCAAGCUUCCCAGGCUCACUCAAACUUUCCCCAGAUGAGCAAUCCUGGCCAGUUUACUGCUCCUCAAAUGAAAAGCCUUCAGGGAGGGCCCUCACGGGUUCCUACACCACUACAACAACCCCACCUGACCAACAAGUCUCCUGCUUCUUCUCCCUCCUCCUUCCAGCAGGGCUCUCCUGCCUCAUCUCCAACUGUUAACCAGACACAGCAGCAGCUGGGACCAAGGCCUCCCCAGAGUAGCACUCUUCCCCAGGGAUUCCAGCAGCCUGUCAGUUCUCCUAGUCGUAAUCCUAUGGUGCAACAGGGGAAUGUACCCCCCAACUUCAUGGUGAUGCAGCAGCAAAACCAAGGUCCACAAGGUUUACACCCUGGUUUAGGAGGAAUGGCCAAGCGGCUCCCCCCGGGGUUCCCUGCAGGCCAGGCUAACCAGAACUUCCUGCAAGGUCAGGUGCCCUCCACAGCUCCAGGAACACCAGGGAACAGCGGAGCACCGCAGCUGCAAACCAGCCAGAACGUGCAGCACACAGGUGGCCAAGGAUCUGGACCUCCUCAAACUCAGAUGCAAGCAGCACAUGGCCCACCAAAUAUGAUGCAGACCAAUCUAAUGGGACUUCAUGGAAAUAUGAACAACCAGCAGGCUGGUGCUAGUGGGGUGCCACAGGUUAACAUGGGCAACAUGCAGGGACAGCCUCAGCAAGGACCACAGUCCCAGCUUAUGGGGAUGCAUCAGCAAAUCGUGUCCUCUCAAGGACAGAUGGUGAACAUUCAGGCUCAGGGAUCGCUGAACCCUCAAAACCAGAUGAUACUUUCUCGAACUCAGCUCAUGCCACAAGGCCAAAUGAUGGUGACACCUCAAAACCAAAAUCUUGGUCCCUCUCCUCAGAGGAUGACCCCACCCAAACAGAUGAUUCCCCAGCAGGGACAGCAGAUGAUGUCCACACACAAUCAGAUGAUGGGACCUCAGGGCCAGGUCUUGCUGCAGCAGAACUCAAUGAUGGAACAGAUGAUGACCACUCAGAUGCAAGGAAAUAAGCAGCCUUUUAAUACUCAAAACCAGUCCAAUGUUAUGACGGGGCCAGCUCAACUGAUGAGAGGACCAACCCCAAACAUGCAAGGAAACAUGGUGCAGUUCACUGGGCAGAUGAUGGCACAGCAAGGCCCCGUGAAUGGGAAUCCUUCUCAGGUGAUGGGAAUUCAAGGGCAGGUUUUAAGACCCACUGGACCUGGUCCUCACAUCUCUCAGCAACUUGGGGAUACUGCAACCACAACAAACAACGAUGGGAACUUGACACAGAUGUUACCUGAGGUUCCUGUGCAGCAGCCAAACAUGGUGCCUUCUCAUAUGCAAGGAAUGCAAGGAAACAGCAGUGCUUCAGGAAGUCACUUCUCUGGCCAUGGGCUGCCUUUCAGUACAGGGUUUAGUGGAACUCCCAAUGGGAAUCAGGUUUCCUGUGGGCAGAACCCUGUGUUUCCUGUCAAUAAAGAUGUGACGCUCACAAGUCCGCUCUUGGUUAACCUACUCCAGAGUGAUAUCUCAGCAGGGCACUUUGGUGUGAACAACAAACAGAAUAACCAGAAUGCCAACAAGCCAAAGAAGAAGAAGCCUCCAAGGAAGAAGAAAAAUAAUCAACAGCUAGAACAAACAACUUCUUCAGAAUCACGUCCAGCUGGCCUGGAGGAGAGUGAUCAGUCGUCAAUGUCUGGAGACCAAGGAAUGAAUUUAGAUAAGUCAGGCCCUAAACUCUCAGAUUUUGCAAGUAGGCCACCAGGUUAUCCAUCUCAGCCAGUGGAGCAAAGGCCACUUCAGCAGAUGCCACCUCAGCUCAUGCCACACACUCAGCAGCCCCAGCCCCCACAGCAGCCCCAGGCAGCCCCACAGCAAGGCCAGGCACCCCCCCAGACACCGCAGCAGCAGCAGCAGAUGAUGAUGAUGCUGAUGAUGCAGCAGGAUCCCAAAUCAGUCAGGCUGCCUGUGCCCCAGGGGGUUCACCCCCCCAGGGGACCCCUGAACCCAGAUGCCCAGCGGAUGCCGAUGCAGCAGAGCGGGAACAUGCCAGUGAUGGUGAACCUCCAGGGGCCUGGGCCGGUGCCUCCAUCUCCUGACAAACAGAGGAUGGCCCUGCCAGGCAAUCCUCUGGGAAAUAACACAAGGAAAAUGGUUUAUCCAGAUAAUGUACAGAAUCCUUCCAGCUCACCCCUCAGAGAGGUGUCAUCAGUAUCCUCUCUUCCAGAAGGAGGUGGAGCUGAGGGCCCUCCAACGUCAGGAGCUCAGAAUAACGCGACAUCUCAUUUAGUAGUUUCACAGAACCAGUUAAUGAUGACAGGACCCAAGCCUGGACCAUCCCCACUUUCAGCUGCCCAAGGUGCAAGUCCCCAGCAGCAGUCUAGUUCUCUGUCUAGUGCUCUUACACACCAUUUUCCAAAUGUUGCUGCCCCAUCACAAACUUCAAGGCCUAAAACCCCCAACAGAGCUAGCCCAAGGCCGUAUUACCCUCAGACUCCUAACAACCGUCCACCCAGCACAGAACCCUCAGAAAUCAGCCUGUCUCCAGAGAGGCUCAAUGCUUCUAUAGCUGGUCUGUUCCCUCCCCAGAUCAAUAUCCCUUUACCUCCCAGGCCUAAUCUCAAUAGAGGGUUUGAUCAGCAGGGUCUGAAUCCCACUACUUUAAAGGCCAUUGGACAAGCCCCAUCAAAUCUCACAAUUAACAAUCAGUCCAGUUUUACUGCCUCACAGUCACACAAGUUGGAAGGUGUGGUCAUGAAUUCGGGCAAACAAACCAACGCUGGAGGAACAAAGAGAGCAAGCCCAAGCAAUAGUCGAAGGUCCAGUCCUGGAUCCAGUAGGAAAACUACACCAAGCCCUGGCAGACAGAAUUCAAAAGCAGCUAAAUUAUCAUUGACAACUCAGCAGAAUCCAUCUCUCUUGCAGAACAUGGAAUUACAGAGAAAUAUGAUGGCUGGUCCCUCUUCUUUGCCGACACCUGUGACCACAAGUUUUCAAAGUAACUCCAUGCUAAGUAACCAGAAUCCUGUGGUUUCUGUACCUGCUGUGACUGGCAUUCCUGAAGACAAUAAGGAGAGCCUUAGUGUGCCUCAAGAUACUGAGAGUCAAAGUGCACAAGGUGUCCAAGGUAGCAAGGACCAGCCCAGUAUGGAACUGAAAGGUGUCCUUACUCCAGAAAUGAAAGUGCUGGUUCCUGAGGAACCGGCAAAAAAAGAUGGGCAAGCCUUAGACAGCAGUAAGCUCCCAGUCAUGGAGGAAAGUAAAGCCGUGGUGUCUCCAGCUAUGAGGGAGGCACCAACUUCUCUAAGUCAACUUCUUGACAAUUCUGGAGCUCCUAAUGUGACCAUUAAGCCCCCUGGGCUGACUGGUCUUGAAAUGGCACCAAUAGUCCCCACUGGUGAGGAGCUAAAGAAGAUAGCUGUCAUUCCUCCACUGCAGGAUUCAUCCUUGAGCAAGGAGCCAUCUAACUCACUUAGCCUGCCUCAAAAUAACGAGCCCUGUCCAAAUCCAGGGCACCAGGAACUGGGAGAAGUAAAUGCAAGCGUGGCACAGAGUGUUCCUCCAGUAAUGCAGAGGCCUGUUAGCUCUUCUUCAAUUUCAGGUCCUUUACCCCCCAACCAGAUCACAGUUUUUGUGACUUCCAACCCUAUUACAUCUGCUGCUAAUACAUCAGCUCCAUUGCCAUCCCACUUGCAAUCUGCAUUAGUGUCCACUGUUGUCACCAUGCCCAACGUGGGGAGCAAAGUGAUGGUUUCGGAGGGACAGUCGGCAGUUCAGUCCACCACCCGGCCACAGUUCAUCACACCUGUGUUUAUAAACUCAUCCUCAAUCAUCCAAGUGAUGAAGGGCUCUCAGUCCAGCACGAUUCCAGCAGCCCCCAUGACUUCUAACUCGAGCCUGAUGCCUCAGUCGGUCGCGGUUGUUGGUCCUUUGCAUAUCCCACAGAAUAUCAAGUUUUCCUCCGGGCCCACUCCUCCCAGCACCUCAUCCACCAGUUCUGUGUCCAGUAUUCCCACCAGCAGGUCGCUCGUCCUGAAUCCCUUGGCAUCUCCUGUCCAGCUUUCUUCUUCCACCCCAACUCCUUCCAGUGUUCCUUCCCAGCUUCCUGCUCAGCCAGCCAAGGACUUCAGCCCUGAGGAGACUUCCCAAGGUGCGGGGUCGGGGGAGCAGUGCCCUGUGCCAGCAGCCCAGGCAGGACCUGUUGUUUCCCCUCUGCUUACAAGCAGCCCGGGAUCUGGGAAUAGACGCAGCCCUGUCUCAUCCAGCAAGGGAAAGGGAAAGGUAGACAAGAUUGGCCAGCUCCUGCUGACUAAAGCGUGCAAGAAGGUCACUGGCUCCCUGGAGAAAGGGGAAGAGCAGUACGCUUUAGAUGGAGAAACUGAAGGUCAGGGACUAGAAACGUCGGUCCCAAAUAGUUUGGGACCAGAGCAAGCACCAGCAGAACCCGAUAACAAAAGCGGGACGCCUUCAGCACCCAGUGUUACAAAACAGAGCACUUCUGGGCCCGGCAGCUCCAGCCUCAGCCCCGCGGCGGCCGCUCCGUCCUGCGCGUCCCCGGGCGCGCCCCCGAGCGCUCCCGGCCCCGGCGCGGCCCCGGCCGCAGCGCCCCCGGCAGCCCCGGAGCCCGCGGGCAGCCCCGGCGGGGGCCCCGAGCCCGGCGGCAGCGCCGGGGCCGAGGAGAAGCCCGCAGCACCCCCGGAGCUGCUGCAGAGCGCAGCAUCCUCUCAACAUUUAACACAGAAAAAAAGUUCAGUUGCAACAUCAGAAAGUACUGUUCAAAGAACAGAACUUGAGACAAAUGCUGCAGUAGUUGCUGGUCAAAGUAAUGAGACAAAAGAAAAUUGUGAAAAGUCUAAAACUCCAAGUAGAAGAAAUUCAAGAACAGAGGAUUCUGCAGCUUCACAGGAAAGUGUAGAAAACGGGCAGCGCAAGAGAUCCUCGCGACCCGCGUCCACGUCCGGCACAGCUAAAGAAACGAGUGCCAGUGCAAUGCAGUCAAAAAGAAGAAAAUCCAAGUAAAUUACUGCAUGGAAACAUGAGACUUGUAAAUGAGUGUGAAUUUACCAAUAGCAAUUUUGAGCUGUGAUUUUUCUUUUUUAAAUAAAAUUCUGUACAGUAAGUCAUUUUAAUAUUAUACUGUUCCUGAUAAAUGAUUUUUUUUUCUAUAAAACAGAUAAAUAGAUAUAAAAACUGGGUUCUUCUAAAACCCCCUGGAUUUGCAAAGUGAAGUCAGGGUUAGCACAUUAGGGUAAUGUGUUUGUAUGAAAUGGAAGGGGAGGGGAAGACAAUUGUAAAUUUAUUUGUUUCCACUUUUCAUAAACAAUUUAGAAUACAGGGUUGUCAUUUUUAGGUAUUAUAAUAAUGUAAUGUGCUGUUGUUUAAGUACUGUAUGUGAAUAGCAGUCAGAGGGUUUAUAAAUGAACCCCAUGUUGUUUGGAAAUGUAAAUAAUUUUAUUAUAUAGUAGAUCUGAUGUAUUUGUUGUAGAAAUGGACCAGUGAAACAAAAAAUAAAUUUAAGGGUUUGUAUAAUGUGGAAUCCCUCAUGCUCUAAAUAAAUGUUAUUGUCCUAUAAA